UCGAGCAAUGGAAGGGCAGCCGGAAGCUGAGCGAGAUCUCGCGUUUAUCAGACUCGAGCGAGUGCAGCUGCCGUCAGUCAGACAUGGGGCGUCCGGGGCUGCUGCUGUUGCUCAUCGCCACUGUGCUGGCAGUGUCGUACGCUUGCGAGUUCAAACAACAAGGAUGUAAAAUCGAAGGCUCGUCGUGCAUCUGCGGCGAGGGGUGUCCAGGACAAUACCGCUACUUGACUAAGACUCACUGCCACCGCGCCCUCAUGAAAGCACGUAAAGGGCGAGAUGUUUGCUACCGAAAUCCGUGUCAAAACGGAGGCGCCUGCGUCCAGAGUUCACAAGAGCCAGGCUACAAGUGUCGGUGCGAAGGAACAGGCUACUUCGGCAGGCGAUGUGAAAUGGAUUGCACGUUGGCAAGCAACUAUGAGGGCCACAGGUACCCGUACGAGUGUGUCAUGAUCUGAAGAAGGGUUUUCGAAUGACAAAAUCUUCGAGGUUGAUUUUUCCAAAUUAUAUUUCAUAAUGUACAAUCAAUUAUUUUUCAUUAACAAUAUUACUUUUUGUUUCUUCAUUGUAAGCCAGAAUAUCAUGAAUAAAAAGAAUCGUACAUGUUCAUCGUAUUAAUAGAAAGAAUCUUGAGUUAAUAUUAGUUUUUUUGGAAUAACAAGAGCCGUCGGGGAGAACGACGGCCCAACCUGUUUCUUUUUAUUUAGUUCUUUUUCUCAUCAGUUUCCCUUCUUUCUUGGUUGACUCAGCUGCUAGUAAGAUAUAUACUUAACAAAAACGUAGGAGCGGGGGUUUGACAAUUUUUAAUAACGCGAUCCAAGCUUCUUUGUUUUUGCCAAAAAGAAGUUUUCAAAAUACAUUUCAUUAAGGCUAGAAAAGUUUUCCUCUCUAUAGACUAAUGUAUAAUUAGUUUUGCAUCUCCGUACAUUUCUCAGACAUCAAAAAACCCUGAUUUCAAAAUCAACGAGGAAUUUUACAACGAUUGCUUUGCAUAAUCUGAGGAUUACACAAAAAUAUCAUCAGUGUGUGCCUACAAUUAUGUGAAGGAAAAAGAGGGGGAGAUAGACGGAGAGAGAGAAAGGGGGAAAUAAACAAUGACACAUACAGUAAAGCAGUUCCCUUGUUGACAUGCACACAAAUAUUUUCAUCAAAAAACUUCUUUUUUAUGCUUUCUUUUCAUUUUUCACUUUUGUUUCUUUUUUUGUUUGGUUUUCUUCUUCUUAGCGCUAUACUUUAAAUAUUAACAAAUGUUACAGUUUCUCAGUCUUGGUAACAAUGGGUGCGUUAAUAUAUUCACAUGGUUGUUUCUUUCUUACUUUUGAAUUAUUCAUUUAUAAAUCUUCGCGUCAAGUUACUUUUUUCUUGCUUGCUUAACUCAUCUCUCGCGGCUAGUUAACAUUAAUUCAGUUGCAAUCCAAUUGUCUUUAUUUAUUGUGAACGGUCCUGCUUGCUCGAGCUUUGGUAUUUCAUUUGUUUUAAUCAUCAUAGUAAAUGUGUAGUUCUCUAGACCUUCUUCUCAUAAAAACGUCUCUCUGCUCUACUCAACCAAAACAGCAAUAAUUCGUUUCUUGUAUUUUUUUUUCUUCGCAAAGUUGUAGUUUAGUAGCGUGUAGUAAUAAUAUGCAAAGUUUCCUAGGCAAAUAUGCAAGAAAAGCUUAGUUUGUUUGUGUGCAGAUUUUUUUAAGAAAUUCUUUUUUUUUAUGUGAUGCCCCAAAAUUACUUCAAUAAUGAGUACAGCAAUAAGUUUUGCUAAAAAGUGACUUGGUUUGAAGCACUGCGUCAGUUAAAAAAUUUAUGCAUCUCUUCUGCAAAAAUCAAUCUUACGACAACUUAAAUUUACCAUUAGAUCAAUUUUAAUAAUAGCAAACAUCAGGGGUGAGGAAUUGUAUGUAUUUUUUUGCAGCAUCCACGUCGUCUAGACUGUUUAAAGCAUUUUUGGUUUUGUUGUUUCAAUUAAAUAAUUUCACUGAUAUGCAUCAAUUUUCACCAAGAAUUUCUUUCUCUUUUGUUUUUUUGUCCCCGAAUAAAUGCAGGACUAAAAUCAGAGGCGUAAUUAAUUAAGCUACGAGGAAACUUUGAUUAGAAUUGCGUGCGAGGGCCCAUUUGUUGGUCGGGCCGCAGAAAGGCUGCGUAGUAGUUUUAACAUUCGAGCGUGAUUUUUGUUUAUCACAUAAUUAUUUACUUUUACUUGGUUUCUUCGGGU